CCGUCGACUCAGUAUACAUUGAGAAACGAGAGCGUACGUUACCAAGCUAACCUUUAUAUCAGUAUUCGCGUGCCACACGCAACCAAGUGAAGUGUUUAUCUGUGAUACAUUCCAGUGUUUAGGAUUAAGGAAAUGGAAUCACCCGUUGUGUUAGAGAAGCCCCCGGAAUACCACGGGAGUAAGGAUGAGCGCGGUUUCCCGUUUGAUGAAGACGAGUCCGGCGCGUGGAGCUCGCUCGCGGCGCGGCACCCCGACAUAGCGGCGCGGCUGCGGCAGCGGCCCGCCACCUGGGCGCGCAAGCGCAGGCCUUCCAGCCAGGACGCCACUGACGGUUUCGGCGACGCGUUCGGCUUCGACAGAUUCCCCUUCGACGACAUCCCGCCAGAGUUCCGCGACUCGUUCCCCUCGCACUGGGGCCGCCGGUUUGAGGAACCCCAGGCGCACCAGGCCCAUCAGGCACACCAGGCACACCAGCCCCACCAGGCACCCCAGGCCCACCAGCCCCACCAGGCCCAACAGCCCCACACACAGCAGCAGCCGGCCCAGGCGCCGCCCGCCCCGGCCUCCCCGCAGCCCCAGCAGACCUCCGCCGCCACACAGACUGAAGCCGCACCCUCCCCACAUCUCCCACAGUACGGAUUAAGGAACACGGUAGAUCUAGGCCAGAAGAGCGCCGCCGACCCGUCGGUCGAUGCGGACGACCGCGCCCAGCGCUCCAUGUCCGCGCCCCCCGACGCGCGCCCGCCGCCCAGCAUGAGCGCCAACGAGCAGCCCGAGCCGCAGCCGCAGCCGCAGCCGCAUCCGCAACAGCAGCAGCAGCAGCAGGCCGGCAACGUGCGCCACAUCCCCAUCUUCGUGGAGGGCCGCGACGAGCCCGUCAUCAACAAGAACGUCGACCAUGGCGCGCACUUCGGCGAGACCAAGCCGCAGCCACACUACGCGCCGCCGCCGCACGUCGACCGCGACCAGUACUUCGCCGACGACAGCCCCGCCUUCCACCACCCGCCCAACUUCUCGCGCGCCUUCGGCACGCCCUUCAACAAGGGCUUCCGCCAGGGCCCGCAGCCCUUUACGCAGCAGAAGGCCUACCCGCAGAACGCGUACCGCGGCGCCUCCCCGCAGCGCUCGCAGUCGCCCAAGCGGCCGACGCAGGAGGAGCAGUUUGCGAAGUCGCACCAUCCGCAGCAGCAGGCUCCGCCGCCGCAACAGCACCAGCAGCACCCGCAACAGCACCACCCGCACCCGCAGCAACAACAACAGCAGCACCCGCAACAGCAGCAACCGCCGCCGCACGCGCCCUCCCCUCCGCCCAAGCAACAAACCACCCCGAAUGACCCCAUCACAGUCAUCCUCGCCAUCCAGACCGACGUCCUCAACCUGAUGUCCGAAGUCGAAAACUUCACCGGCGCCAAAAAUGACAAGCAGUACCUUUACCUCGACGAGAUGCUGACGAGGAACCUCAUCAAACUAGACAAUAUCGAAACGGACGGAAAGGAGAACAUCCGGCUGGCGAGAAAGGAGGCGAUCAAGUGUAUACAGAAAUGUAUAGCGGUGCUAGAGGCGAAGGCAGAGAGUAAUUCGAACGCCGCGGCAGCGGCGGCGGCGGCGCCCGCUCCGGCGCAGGAUGUGGACAUGCAGGCCGCGGCCGGCGACCAGACCAACGGAGAGGUCGAAAUGAAAGAAGACACCAAAGAGGAGGCGAAGGCUGACACGCAGGAGACCAAGGAGGAGCAGAAACCCCAGGAGCCACAGGCGGAGGAAGCUAAACCGGAGGAAACUAAAGAGGUCCCGCCUCCCGACACGCGACCCCAGGAGAACCGAGCCGUCCUAGUAGAGAAGAAAGAGCAGGACGUCGAGAAAAAGACUCCCAAGAAAAAAGUAGUCAAGAAGCGUGACAAGAGCAAAGACAAUACGACUAAAGAAAAGGAAGAAAAAAAGGAUGAAAAAUUAGAAUCUAUGCAAGUCGACGAGAAAGGUGACCAAGACUCUCAGAAGAUGGAAGUAGACGCGGCAGCUAGUCAAUGAAUUGCCUUAGUGAAUUGUUUCAUGUAGAUGCGAGUACGCCGCGGCGUUCAGCCUUCCUCGUGAUAUUCUCGUGCAUAAUAACAAGGUGUUGACGUGUUUAUGUUUGUACAUUAAGUUUCUAAUACGAAAGGACGGCGUCCUUAUGCGUAGGAUUUGAAGCGCUAAUUAAAUCCUUAUAUAUUUAAUUAAUUUAUUGUUUAUCACUAUCUGAUAACACAAUUUUCUCAAUAAAUGAUGAUUUCACAA